UGAACGAAUAGUCAAAAGAGAAAUGUCAAAAGUGCAAACACAAAAAUACAGCAUAAGGGAAUUGCUUCUGAAUUAGUUUAUUCAAUUUUGAGCUUAAUUAUCCAAUCGUAAUUAUUUAUCUAAAUAGAUACAAUUUGUAAACAGAAGUAAAUAAUUUUACAUCGAUUCUCAUUUCGAUAUAUACGGUAUUUAUGUUGGUUUUUGGUGUUGUUUUAAUUUGUGGCCUUUGACGUAAUAAAAAGUGGUUGUCAAACGAUAUACAGCGAAAAUGUGGAUUAAUGCAUAAUUAAAAGGCUGUCAAAUAAGGAAUAUAAUAUUGGAGAGUUAAAUUGUGUAAUCAACGCUAAUACUGUGAAAAUUUGCCGGGAAGAUUCAACUUAGGUUGGACAACUAAUAGUGACAACAACGGCAGAGAAAUAGCCUCCAAAAGAUGAACCGCUGAGUGCAACUCUUAUGCCUCCCCCGAUGGAAAAUAUAUACAACGCAAACGCACUAGAGAGACUAUCCACACGAGCGUACGAAUUCCACAUUCGUGUACGGGUGAAUACCGAUGCAGUCUUAGUUUCAUACAGCAGCGCUCUUGCUACUUUCAUUAGAUUGUGAAGAGCCAGCAACGCGUCGAGAGCAUUUUCCGGACGUCCGUGCUUUAUAAACCGUGACCAAAAGAAAAUCAGUCAACGCUGACACUGGCCCUUUUUUUUAUUACUUGAGGGUCACACAAAAGGAAUAUAUUAUUCACAAAACAUAUUUUUGUAGAAAGAAAUACGAAAUUAGUGAACAAAGUGAUUAUCACGCUACUCCUGAAGCGUCUAUAUUUUAUUUAAUCUGUACUGACGUACCGCCGCAUAAACGGUGUAACCGCGCGCGUACGCGUUCGGUUGUAAAAAAGACCCUGAGCAAAAAUCGAUUUUUUCUUCAUUUUACACGCUUCUAAAGAGAAUUUACAACAACAGUAGUAGCUAAAAAGGCUACUCACAUAUAUAUAAAGAAACUAGUUCAAAACUAAAGUUAUAUUAAAAUUUGUGAAACAUUUUUGGAAACUUAAGGGAAUACUAGUCCCAUAAAUGUGAUAAAAGUGGAAAAUAAAGAAUUCAAAUAACGAAAGUAAAGAAGAGGCAAAAACAACGUGAUAGAAAACCCGAUACACAAAAACCAUCUACCAACAAUCAAAAUCCAAUCCACUCUCAUUCAUAGCUGCUUUGGCGUUCUAGUAACAAUUUGCGCUGAUUUUUGCCAUCAUAACCCACCCCUCUCUAUUGUUGUUCGGAAGCUUUCAACGAUAAGCUACAUUUUCGACAUUGUGCUCGUCCAACAGCGUCAUCACCUUCAUCGUCAUCAUAAGCAGCGAACGCAACAGCAGAUACCAACAAUUUUUCUCCCUGCGCGUGUGUUAAAUUAUACCAUUGAGUACUCCAAGUGCUGGUUAUAAAAGGUGUUUAUCAAAAGGAAAGCAAAAAAUUCGAAAGCUUACAAUUUGUGGAUGUGAAAUAAUAUAAGAGCUACCACUCACAAGAUAAAAUUUAAUUCUGUAUAUAAAAUAUUUAAUAAAAAAUACAACUGUUAGCACUUAAAAAAGCUACAAUCAGUCUGUGAAUACGAAAAUAACACACAAAAGUGAGGCAGAAAGUGAGUCAUGCUGCCGUUGCUAUUGUCGCUUAAGCUAUCGCUAUCGUCGUCGUUGUUAAUGUCGCCCAAAUUAUUGUCGAGUGUCGUUGUGGAUAUCGCAGUAAAUUGAAUUUGUUGACCGUGAGCAUUGCCUUCACCCGCUACACAUACCAAUACCCACACGUUUAAAUUCAUUCUGCCCCCUCUAACAACGUGAAAUAACAAAUGCUAAAAAUUCGUAUGCUGAUAUAAUAUUCACUCUCAACAAUAACUUGCAAUAUAUGUAUAACGCAAUCAAAGAGGCAGUGUUAUAGUGACAAAAAUAAGAGAAAAAGUCAAUAAUUUAAUUCAGAAAUAUCAAAAAGCAACGCCUCAAAAAAAGAACUAUUGCCAAGACAGCGGUACGGCGGCUGGUUCCAAACGUCCGCAUUUCGCAAGGAAAAAUCGAUAAUUGUCAUACGAACGGGCCACAAACAACCGCCCGCGUCCACCCACCACCGCAAAAAAAAAUAUUCAGGCGUGGAAAGUGUUGCACACACGAAGUACGCUGUGAGACCGACAAAAUUAGCAGUGAUAAAUGGAAAAGCAAAAACGAAUUGGCGUAUAAAAGAAAAGCAAAAAAUUGUAUUGUGCUGGUGUCAAGUUCACCAUAAGUAUUAUAUGAAAAUUCAAUUAAUACAAUUUUGAAACAAAUAAGUGAUAGGCUAAAUUAGGAGCAUUAACUGCCACAAAAAAAAUUAUAAACAACGUCUUGAAAUUGAGCAAAACUAUAUCCCCUGUCCCUUGAAAAAAUCUACUGAAAAUUUAGCUCAACAAAGCCAACGAACGACAAAAUUAGUCAACGAAAAUAAGUCAGCUAAUAUAAAGUUAAAAUUAGAAUACAAAUUAAAAAAAAGUUGAAAGCAAACGCACUGCUUAAGAAGUGUUUCAGUGAAAAAACGUGAACCACAAAAAAAAAAAAACAAUUUCAAACACUUCAGUUCUUGAAUAAAUAAAGCUGCAAAAUGACAAAAGACAGAUUAGCCGCACUUCACGCAGCCCAAUCCGACGACGAAGAGUCCGAGGAAGUGGCUGUCAAUGUGGAUGCCCAUGAUUCUUACAUGGAUGAGUUCUUCAAGCAGGUGGAGGAGAUACGUGGCAUGAUCGAUCGCGUUCAAGACAAUGUCGAGGAAGUGAAAAAGAAGCAUUCAGCUAUACUCUCCGCCCCUCAGUCAGAUGAGAAAACCAAGCAGGAGCUUGAAGAUUUAAUGGCCGAUAUUAAAAAGAAUGCAAAUCGUGUCCGUGGCAAGCUAAAAAGCAUCGAACAAAAUAUAGAGCAAGAGGAGCAGCAGAACAAAUCGUCCGCCGAUUUGCGUAUACGCAAAACACAACAUUCAACGCUAUCACGAAAAUUCGUCGAGGUGAUGACAGAAUACAAUCGCACGCAAACGGAUUACCGAGAGCGUUGCAAAGGUAGAAUACAACGUCAGCUGGAGAUUACCGGACGUGCAACGACCAGCGAAGAACUGGAAGACAUGUUGGAGCAAGGCAACCCAGCAGUAUUCACUCAAGGCAUUAUCAUGGAGACACAGCAGGCCAAACAAACGCUGGCCGAUAUAGAGGCUCGUCAUGCUGAUAUCAUGAAAUUGGAGACAUCGAUCAAAGAGCUACACGACAUGUUCAUGGAUAUGGCUAUGUUGGUGGAGUCGCAGGGCGAGAUGAUCGAUCGCAUUGAAUAUCAUGUGGAGCAUGCUAUGGACUAUGUGCAGACGGCAACGCAAGACACAAAGAAGGCGCUUAAAUACCAGAGCAAGGCGCGCCGAAAGAAGAUCAUGAUCCUGUUAUGUUUGACUGUGUUGGGUCUCAUAGUUGCUUCAUAUCUUGGCCUUACUGUCGGAAAAGUGAUAUAACGAAAAAAAGUCAUAAUAAAUAUACACAUUUGCUGCUGUUGCACUUCGUUAACUUAAAUAUUGUUUUCUUUGAAUCGCCUGCCCAAAUUAUGUAAGCUCUUAGCCACGCAUGAGUACGUACAUACAUAAGUACGCCUACUUUUCAUUGCAACUGCUGCAUAUCACGUCAUCAUCACAUGAGCGAUCAGAACGUAAAGCAGCUUGCGGUUGGUAGCUCUUUUUUUAAUAGAACACUAAGCAAAGCUUGUAGCUUUCAUGAAUGCAUUUAUGUAGACGCAUAGCGAGUGCACGCACCCAAAAAUAUUUUGUUUUUUUUUGAAAUGUCACAACUUUUGUGGGUGUGGCAUACCUACUUGCAUAUGCAUUGUAUUUUUUGUAUGUCACAAUUGUCAUGUGAGGCCGAAUGGGAGAAUGCCUUGCAAAAAAAAAAAUUAAUAAACAAAUUAAAACAAUGCUAAGCAUAUUACAAACACCUAUGUACCUCUCACACACACACAAAUGGGAAUGCAAAAAAAAACGAAAACAAAUAAUGGCAACUACAACAAAAAAAAACAUAGUUUGCAACUAAGCGCACCUUCAAGCACCCUUAAUUUAACUAUGACCAGCACCCAUAACGCGGUAACUUACCCGACCGACCGCCCGACAAAUUGCACUUUAAACGAUAGCAACAACAACAACAAUAAAUAACAAACAAAGCGCAUGCACUUUUGUCCGCUGCAAAUGCAAGGCAAGCAAAAUGCACGUCAAACGAAAUUUAAGCCGCCUCUCUACUAACAAUUGCACGCCAAUGAUGCACGCAAUAAAUUGAAGAUAAAUUGAGAAAAUCGAAAAAAUGCCAUAAAUGCGCCUCGCAGCCUGUUCGUUUGCGAAAAAAUAUAUUUGCUCACAAAUAAUUUGCGGCUCCUUCGCUUUAUAUCAUAUUGAAUCGAAAAGAACAAAAGCUGCCAAUCAAUGUACGAUCAUCGCCACAAAAGGAAUGUGCAAUGACAAACGCUAGCGACCUACCAACCGCCAACAAGCCAACCUUGCCACCCAGCCAAGCGCCCAACUAACCAACAACAUAAUUAGAAAUAAAGCAUAUGCGCCAAUAAGCAGCAACUGCUUGACAGCUAACUGUUUUGUCGUUGGUAAGUAGUCAAAGAAAUAAAAACAAAACAAAAAAAAAAUAAUAAAAUUAAAAAAAUAUAAAAUAUUAUCGCAAAUAAUAAUUGUUGUUGUUGGUACACAAAUAUUGGCUGGUUUAAGCGCUGACUAAAGCAAUUUAUACACAGAAAUGUGCAAUGACGAAAUCGUUUUUUAUUUAUGUUGUUUUGUGCGAAAUUAGAAGGCAUAGCUUUUCUUUGUGUCAAAUGUGGCGGCCUUGUUGGAACAAACGUUUUUCUUGCGUUCAGCAGCAAAUUAUUAUUUCGUAUAUUUAUAAUUUAUUUUGUUGUUAUUAUGGUAUAUUUAUGAUAAAAAUUAAACAAAAAAAAUCAACAAAAACACAAAAACAAAAAACAACAACAAAACAGCUGGUGCAUAUUAAAAUUAUUGAUAAAAAUGUUUAAAUCUUUUGUUGUAGCUUCUAAAUAUGUGAUUUCUAUGGAUUACGAUAACAAAAUAGUUUUAUAAUAUUAUUACAUACAUAUAAUAACAAAAACAACUGUGUUAGUUAAGUGAAAAGUCAAUUACCUACACAACCUAAUAUUUAUUGUGUUUUCCUUGCUAGAUGCGUUAGCUGCAUACAAUUAGCUUGUUAAUAGCAAAAUUUAGUAAAAUAUGCAUAAACGCAUUACAGCAACAGUGUCACGUCCGCUACGCAACAACAGCAAGAACAACAGCGCGUGUUCAUAUAUACCUAAAGCGUACCAUAUAGUAUGUAUAUAAUUGUAUGCCUACUCCACUCGUCACCGCUGUGUGCAUUUUUACUGCGUUCCACAAAUUUUAUGUAAUUUUAUUUAUAAAUACUUUUUUUUAUAAAUAUUUGCGUAUUCUCUAUGUAUAAAUAGCAAAUGUUUUGUGAUUUCCUUUUGAUUUUCCUGUCGUUUUUAUGUUUAUGUUAAGCAUUAAAUUUAGUAGUCGCCAAUUAAAUUUGUAGCAAUUACGACCAAAACAUUAUACUUAAGUACUUAUAGCAUAUUAUAUUAAAUAAAUAUACAUACAUACUUACAUUACUACAUUUAUGCUAAUUUGAUAUUAUUAAAUUUUGUAAAUUUGGUAAAGACAAAAACAAAACAAAUCAAAACAAAAAAAAAAAAUGGAAAAAACUAAAAAAAGCAAGCAAAUUAAUUUGUAUGAAAGCAAACUUAAAUUUUAGUACAUCUUAUGUAGUAGUUUAGUAUGGUGUUACCUAAUCGAUAAAAAGCAAUAUGAGCUAAAUACAUACAUACAUAUACGUAUAUAUAUAUAUGCAUAUAUAUAUGUGUAAAAUUCCAUAUUUCUUAUAUAAUGUAAUUAUGCAAUGAUUUAGAAAAUUUAAAAAUUCGAUUUCUAAUAAAAUAAAAAAAAUUUGCCUUAGGAGGUCAUUUGUUAAGUAAAAAUCAA